AUGAAUGUCAUCUUUGGCCAGCUCGUCAGCCAAUUCACCGGCUACUUCUCCGUGCCCCCCACCACCAGCAGGUCUGAAUUUGAGGCUCUGCUCGACAAGCAGGCCCUCUACAUCAUGGCCCUCUUCAUCGGCCGCCUGACCCUGACCUACAUCAACAAGUUUUGCUUCCGCAUGAUCGGCAUCCGCCUCUCCUCCGCCAUCCGACUGCACUACAUCGAGAGCCUCUUUGGCCAGUCCAUCCACGUCCUCGACUCCAUGCCCCCUGGCGCCGCCGCCGGCACCAUCACCACCACCGCCAAUGUCCUGCAGCUAGGCCUCUCCGAGAAGCUCGGCACCUUCAUGGAGUACAACGGAACCAUCUUCACCGCCAUCAUUGUCGCUUUCACCUGGAGCUGGGAGCUAACCCUCGUCACCUCCUCCGUCCUCUUGUUCCUCAUCUUCGUCCUCGGCGUCAUCCUGCCCUUCCUCAUCAAGGGCCAGUCCGCCAUCACCAAGUCCGAGGCCAGGGCCACCGCCGUCGCCAGCGAGGCCUUUAGCUCCAUCCGCAUGCUGUCCGCCUGUGGCGCCGAGGAGCGCAUCACCUCCCGCUACGAUCGCUGGGUCGACGACGCACGCCGCAAGGGCCAGGCCACGGCCCCUCUGUUUGCGACCCAGCUCGGCCUCAUCUUCUUCGGCAUCAUGGGCGCCUUUGGUCUGGCCUUUUGGCACGGCACGACCAUGCGCCUGAACGGAUCCAUCGACGAUGCUGGUGUCAUCAUCAUUGUCAUCAUGUCCGUCAUCAUGGUCGUCAUCUCCCUCGAGCGCAUCGCCACGCCUCUCGUCGCCGUCACCAAGGCCAUGGUGGCCGCCUGCGAGUUCUUUCACCGUCAUCGACGCGCCCAAGCCCCCUACCGGCACUUUGAAGGAGCCCGAUGUCUCCGCCGACCAGGACAUCGUCUUUGA